AAUGAGGCUAAAAAGUUAACGUGUCUACUUUGAUUUAGGAAAUCGUAAAAAAAGUAUGGCUGCUAGACCUGAUCUAGAAAAUCCGGAAGAAACGGAAACCAAGCUACAGCUGACACUACGGUUUCUCAAGAUUUAUUGGAAAAUUGUGUUCGCCCUGGUAUGGGCAAUUAUUCUAGUGCCGUUCGUUUUCAUUUACACCGAUCCACAAGUUCGAUGCGCAUACACUAUCCUCGUGAUGGCUGGAUAUUGGAUCACCGAAUGUUUUCCCAUGGCGGUCACAUCGCUCAUCCCACUGGUGUUGUUCCCAAUGUUGGGAGUGCUGAGCACGGCGGAAACUUGCAGCUGUUAUAUGAACGAUACUAUAAUGGUUUUCAUAGGAGGCUUGGUUCUCGCAUUAGCCAUCGAACAUAGCAAUCUCCACCUAAGAAUCGCCCUUGGAGUAAUGAAGGUGGUCGGUUGUAGUCAUGCCAAAUUGCUAGGUGGUGUCUGCGCCGUCACAACAUUCAUAUCUAUGUGGGUGUCGAACACUGCAGCUACCGCCAUGAUGGUACCGAUCAUAUACGCGAUCCUCAACGAGCUGGAGCAGGUUGCUGGACUCUGUAGAGUAUUCGAUACCAUAGUAGAUCAGGAGAGGCCUGGACAAGAACCUCGCAGAGACUUAAAACCGACGAAUCUGACGAAGGCUUAUUUAAUGGCUGCUGCAUAUUGUUCGACAUUCGGUGGAACCGGAACGCUCGUAGGCACAGGCACCAAUCUCACAUUCAAAGGAAUAUUCGAAAACACAUUUCCGGACGCUGAGGGCAUUAACUUCACGCAAUGGAUGAUAGCCAAUGUCCCCCAAAUGGUGAUCAAUUCGUUCCUGACUUGGCUCUAUCUUCGUAUAGCAUUCAUGGGAUAUCUGAGACCAAAAAGUGCAGAUGCUCAAAUGGCGACCAUCGGAGAGGAAGGUGAAGCAGUUACGAAUCGAGUAAUGCAGGCAAGAUACAAGGAAUUAGGCGGCAUUUCUUUCCAUGAAACCGGUGUUGCAGCCCUCUUUGGUUUUUGCAUAAUACUUUGGCUAUUACGUAAACCUGGUUUUGUCACGGGAUGGUCCGAAGCGAUCACGACUAUAGACAUCCGGGAUUCCACGCCUGUUAUAUUGGUCUCUAUUCUGAUGUUCUUCAUCCCAAAAGAUCCUAGCUUUAUUCGCAGUUUCAGCAAGGAUCCUGCUGAAAGACCGCACUUGUCGUCGGACGGUUUGAUAACUUGGAAAGUGAUAGAAUCGAAAAUGCCAUGGAGUCUGAUGUUCCUUUUGGGAGGUGGAUUCGCGAUAUCCAAAGGUAGCAUCGCUUCCACUUUGGCCAAAACCAUUGGGGGCUCCCUCGUGCCUUUAGGAGCAUUGCCGCCUCCACUAAUCCUCAUCCUAGUAUCCUUCUUCAUCGGUUGUAUAACCGAAUUUACCUCCAAUGUCGGUAUAGCAAACAUUACCCUGCCUGUUGUUGCACAAAUGAGCGUAGCGAUGAAGAUUCACCCUAUGUACCUGAUGAUACCAACCACCAUAAUGUGCUCUUAUUCGUUCCGGUUACCGGUCGGUACACCUCCGAAUGCUAUCAUAGCCACGAUGGGUCGGAUUUCGACGAAAUAUCUGAUUAUGGGAGGAUGCGGUCCUGCUGUCUAUGCUCUUAUCGUUCAAAGUAUUUGUUUCCUUACUUGGGGCAGCUGGAUCUAUGGUGCCUACGAUUUUCCAGAAUGGGCUAAGGGAUCCGACGACACGUCCGCAAACGAGUAGUCAUUCUAAAUUAUCCUAUGCCCAUCGCUUGUUUCUUUAUUCAAUUCCGGUUCCAUUCUUUCAUCUAUUGUACGAAUGGGGAAUUAAAAUUGUUAAGUCUUUGGCACAGCGGGAGACUCAGUCUUUUUAGGACUUAAAUUAAUUUCUUGCUGUUCCAAUCUACGAUGCCUUAGCAUGGUGGAGAGCACCCCAUUGAAGCUGGCUGUUUUUUUCUUUGCGCUUCCUUUUGGAGUGCUCUCACCUAUUCUUCUCACUGGCAGUCUCGGCGAGGACAUCUCGUCCAUAAAAUCAAAAUCUGACUUUUCUUCUGUCCUGAAAUCGAAUAAAAUAUUGUAAUAAAAAAUACAUAAUUAAAUAGAUCGAAGGUACAGUUUGAACGUUUAUACUUGUACUCUUGUGAGCCGCUGUCCUGUUGGCGAUUGUUCGAGAGAAUAGGGGAUGGACCUCUUCUGCCAGGACAUUUCCACUCUAGGUCUAGCACUCUAUUAUUCGCUUCCAAAGCCUCGAUCAGCGUUAAUAUAUCGUCAGGCUUCAGACUCCAUUCGUUCUACGUCCGACAAGAGAAAUUACUGCGAAGACCAAAUCUAAAAAUAUAAACUACAUAUUUGCUUACCUUCCCAUCUGUUUCGUAUUUCUCGUCAUCUGAACAAUCAAUCGACCAUUCCUCCUCACUGCGUUCCAUUAUUUUCCUCUGAUACACCAAUAGAAUCACGCUAAAAUUAAGCUAAACGUCAAACAUAAAAUCCAAUACAUAACCUGUUACAGAAAACAACACCUCCUCUUCAAUACCAUUAGAGAUACGUUAGACCCUUAAUAAGAAUAUGUAUGGUCUAAGCUUAGAGACCAUAAUAUGGUUUCUACUAAAUGAUACCUGCUGCUUUUCUCUUUAUAAAAAUAAAAUAUGUACAUGCAUACAAAUAAAUUCUGGCAAGCAAGAAUUACACACGUAUGUACAAUGUACAAUAACUGCUUCGUUCAAAUAUGAACUGACGCCACUAUUAUUGUAAUCUGCUUUACCAUAGCGGUAUCUUACAGCUAGCAGUUUGAUCGUUUUGCCACUACGUGUAGUGGCGCUAUACGGACCUAGAUAAUUCUUACCGGAAUCUGCAAUGUAUCUUACAAGAAAAACUGUAAGAGUCAUUCGUUGUCAAAUAAAACUAAUAUUUCACUGUC